UCGGGACGGGGGUGCCUAAUCCCGGAGCCGCAUUCCAGGAUAAGGGGGGUGGGGAGAGGCUGGGCCGGGGGAGGGGCAGGAAAGAGGGCUAUAAGGGCCGCGGCCCAGGCGGGCGGGCGGGAGCCAGGCAGGCCAUGGCGGAUGUCCCCGGGGCGCAGCGGCCGGCUCCCGGCGGCGGCCCGGAGCCCCGGGACCCCCUGGACUGCUGGGCCUGCGCUGUGCUGGUCACGGCCCAGAACCUGCUGGUGGCUGCCUUCAACCUCCUGCUGCUGGCGCUGGUGCUGGGGACCAUCCUGCUACCCGCUGUCACCAUGCUAGGCUUCGGCUUCCUCUGCCACUCCCAGUUCCUGCGCUCCCAGGCGCCCCCUUGCACCGCGCACCUGCGGGACCCGGGCUUCACGGCCCUGCUGGUCACCGGAUUCCUGCUCCUCGUGCCGCUGCUCGUGCUGGCCCUGGCCAGCUACCGCCGCCUCUGCCUGCGCCUCCGCCUGGCCGACUGCCUCGUGCCCUACAGCCGAGCCCUCUACCGGCGCCGGCGCGCCCCGCAGCCGCGGCAGAGCCGGGCCUCCCCGGGGCCCCAGGCCGCUCCCACGUCAGGGAAGGUCUGGGUCUGAGGACCCUCGAGUCAAGAACCGCCCUGUCGACUGCCCCCACUCCCGGGCGGCCCGAGGACUUGAAGCCCGGGGGGGCGGGGGGUCUCCCGACCUGCCCCGCCCCCACCCUGCCUAAGCCGGGGUCCAGCACCGCCUCGGGGGACCGGAGCAUCCGUGGACCAGAGCUGGCGGAAACCCACUCUCCUCCUCCUACCUAGAUCUGAAUCCUGGACUUCUGGGCUGGACGCUGCACACCCCCCAUCACUCCGCCCUCCCCUCCUCCUCCCUCAGGACGACGGAACCGCGUGUCCUCCUUGCUGGUGCAGCUCUUCUAGUAUUUACGGGCGGGCGGGGGGGCGGGGGGAGGCAGGUUGGAGGGGAAGGAGGGAGCACACACCAAUAAAGAACGAACUGAACGCCUUCCUGGGAUCCUGUGAGCACAGAGAUGGCACAAUUCCUGUCACCCCCGUCCUGUGCCCAGGAGCAGGAAACAAGCCGGGGCGGAGGGGCGGGGGCGCAAGCCGCAUCCUUCGGCCGCCCGGGGGCCUUCCCUUAUCGCGGUAGCCCGUUCUUCCUGGCCAGACCCCAGAGCUCUGGCCCUGACCCUAAAGUCACCUCCCCCCUCAACAGAGUGGAGAGGGCCCGGCCUCCGUCGCCUGCCCUGCUCCCCUUGGGGACCCGAGCCCGUUCUCUGACCCCAGCUUGGAGGAACUCGGUGUUGCCAGGCCGGGGAGGGAAACAAUGGGCCUUCCGGAACAGGAUGACACCCCCUCCGGCCACAAUUCUGGAGCAGCAGCGUGGGAGGGAAGAUGGAGGGGCCCACCCUGGGCCCUGCUGGUCCUUAGUUCACCCCCACCCCCGAGCCAGAGGGAACCCCUGGCUCCCCUGCACGUCCAGGUUGGGGAAGGAGGGUUGAGAGUGCUCCCGACAUCCCAGCUACACUCGGACACUAGGCACUUCGUUCCAGGUUUAAUGGUCUGCAAAGCAUGCGCGGUCGAGGUCAGAGAUAGGGAGGCCCUGCCAGGCUCUCCCUCUGCACCUCAAUAGACACGAUGUGGUGGCCGGGUACCAUGGCCAGGCCCAGUACACGGGGUUCCCCCGCCGAGAAGGAAUCUGGAAAGAAGGGUCAGAGCAUCAGGGAGGCAGGCCAGCGCCGGUCCCGCCCCUUCUAGCCCCAGAACUCAGGGGUGCAGCCAGACACUGAGGGGGCAGCGCCCUGCGGGGAGGCUCCGCCGCAUUCCCAGGGGGCCGUGCAUCCCCCGGGCACUGACCCGACGGCUUGAGGAACUCCUGCGCCGAGCCCAGGAUGACAUUGCAGUCGCGGUCGGUGCAGAGGAAGCAGCCGACCAGGGUCCGUCCAUCGGUCAUGCGAAUGCGCAUAGUCUUGUUGAGCAGCGCCUCCAGCUGCUGCCGGGCCCGCGCGGCCGGCGAGUCCUCGCGCUCCCCGUCCGAGUCCUGCGCGGGGCGGGACACGCGCUGAGACGGCACCGCCCCGGCGGCCGCCCCCCCGCGGAACCACAGCUCCCGACAGCCCGCGGGGCGCUCCCACCGAGCCCAGAGGCUGCCGGGAGCCGCAGUUCCCCCUCCGGCCCCCCACUCCCCUCUUGCUCCCAGGCUGCCCCUCGAUCCCAGAACUCCAACCCGCGCUAACCCCGGCGCUGGAGCUGCUCUGACGCCGGCUGCAGCAGCCGUUCUCCUCUCGUAGCAGCAUGGUUGGUCCAGCUCCGGCCAUUUGCCCCGGGGCCUCCUCUGGGCCCUUCAACUUCCUAAGAAGCUUUCGGGUCCGGCGGUCUGAGAUCUCGCGAGCGCUCCCGGCCUCUUUUCUUUCGCGAGAUCACCUCUCCUCCUCCUCGUCGUCUCCUGGGCAACUGCAGAAAUCUCGCGAGCUCCUCCUACUUCUCCGGCGCCGGAUGUCUUAAGAUAUCGCGAGAAGUUUCACCGCUUUAGUUU